UUCGAUCAAUAAAGUUACCAAAGUAUCCGUUCGAUGUAAAUAAUUCAAAAAUUCAAGGUUACAAACCAGCUGGAAGAUUAAAUGUCAAUUCUAAACCACUUACUCCACCAUUGACGCCCACAAAUGGAUCGUUUUCACCUUUUUCACCCGAUUCAUCGAAAAUGGACCUAGACGAACAUCGAACAUUUGACAUGGGUUCUGAUUUAUCAAAUGAAGUUCAGACUACUGAGUCACAAAUAUUGAUGGAUGCCACGAUGGAUAAUGAUAGUACAUCAGAAAUUAAAUCAGCUGAAAUGAAACCUAUUUCCUUUGAUACUUCAAAUAUUUCAGAAAAAAACAUAUCGGUGACGAAUAAAUCAACAUCAAACAGUUCUGGAUUGGAAAUGCUUGCUUCGCUGAGUACUGCUUUGAAAAACCAAGAAGUAACUGAUCCCAUAAUCAAUAAUUUAGAAGUACUAAAUUUAACUAAUGUUAAUUCAAAAAAUCUUAUGGAUGAAAUGAAUAUCCCGCAGAAAGUCGUACCGAUUGAGGUAGAACAUAACGGACUAGAUAAGUCUAAUCAGGGUGGUACGAACGAGAUGCAAACUAAUCAUGUAUCCGAUGGCCGUGCUCGAAGUAUAAAGAGAGUAAUACGAUAUAGGCCGUUGAAAAAUUAUGAAAUAUUCGAUCUUCAUUCUUCCAAAUUUGCAAUUGAGUUAAGACAACAAAUUCAAGCGGAUUCGCCAGUUUAUAAUGAGUCUAAUAUCGUUAAUCAAUUACGAGAAUUUGCCGAAUCAAAGAAUUACUCGCAGGAUUCCAGAAUUAAAUUUAUAAAAUCCAUUAAAGAAUUCGUUAAAGCUUCACGGAAAAAUAAUCUGUUGCGAGAAGUUGAACUUGUUAUCAGCGAUCUAGAAACUGGUUUGUCUAAUUCCACUGAUCGAUCUAUAAAGAAG